AUGAGAUUUAUGCUUGAGGUUCUACCAGAAGAAGGCUUCGGACAUAUUAAUUUCAUAGCCUGGCCUGCAGCUCGCGCCAACGUCCUAUUCCAACUCGCAACUAGUCCGUGGGCACAUUAUCGAUCCGCUUACUUAGUCACCGAGACAACGAAGUAUAUUCUCAGUAAGAUGGGUGACAAGAGAUUUCUGAACGAGCUAUCUAGUAUGGGUGUGACGGCUUUAGGUAUGGCGGCUCAGUAUGGCGCCUCUGCGGUAUGCAAGAUCCUUCUUGAGGCAGGAAUGGACCCGAACGCCGGAUUUGCUCGGACCCCAUCAAAUGCCGCUGUUGAAUGGCUCAAAAAGUCUGUUCCUCGGGAGCAGAAAGCAUGGAAAGGAACUGAGCCCGGUGAGAAAAACCUGGCGUCGAAGCUUCGAAAUAAGGCCCAGGACACAGUCGACAUGCUCAUAUCUUAUGGCGGGAUUGACAGGCGGACACCAAUGAAUGUCUUCUCUGCUUUGACAAGAGGAGAACUCAAUCUUCCAGCUCCAGAGAUUCUUUUUGAACUUACAGCAGGCCUUUUCUUCUCACCCGGUCCCAGAGGAAAUCUGGUCAAUCAGGGAACACUACGCACCCUGCCAGCAAAAUACUCGGCAGCUUUGGAUGCCUGGUAG